UGAAACCAGAAACGAGAAAAGUUAUCACACGACACAACACAACACAACGUCCAGGACAGAGACCAAAAAAAAAAAAAAAAAAAAAAAAGGUAUAUAAGACGAAGAUCAACGGUCGAGAUUGAGUAACAAAAAUGUCGUGGCAAACCUACGUUGAUGAGCAUCUCAUGUGCGAUAUCGAAGGCCAACAUCUCACCGCCGCGGCCAUCAUCGGCCACGACGGCAGUGUGUGGGCCCAGAGCUCCACUUUCCCUCAGUUUAAACCUGAAGAAAUUUCUGCAAUCAUGAAAGAUUUUGAUGAACCUGGGUCUCUUGCCCCAACUGGAUUACAUCUUGGUGGCACAAAAUACAUGGUUAUUCAGGGAGAGCCCGGAGCUGUUAUUCGCGGAAAGAAGGGCCCCGGUGGUGUCACUGUGAAGAAAACCGGCCAAGCUCUUGUUUUCGGGAUAUAUGAUGAGCCUAUGACUCCAGGACAAUGUAACAUGGUGGUUGAGAGGUUGGGAGAUUACCUGAUUGAUCAGGGCCUGUAGAUCAUCUCAACCUUGUGGUUUCCAUAUUUGAAUUUUUUCCUGUUUUGGGCUUGGAUCGUCUUCCUGCUAUGACCUUAAAACUUGCACUAGAGUUGUUCCGGAAAAUAACUGUGUGCGGACAGAAGCGGUGAUUAUUAUCUUAGGGUUGUUUAUUUCUUCAAUUUUUGUUGUUCCUAAAUUUGUGUAUUUAUUUACCAUACCAACCACUCUUAUUGAGUCUGCAGUUUUUUAUUUUUAUUUUUUUCCCUGAAUUUUGAGUAUCCUCGGAUGUGGUUUAUGUUAAAUUAUCUACAAAGUGUUAUUUUUUGGGAGGCUUAAAUGAAAUGAUCUUGCAUAAUAAUAACUAUGUAA